AUGUCCUCUUCCAACGAUUCUUCAUUGACACGAAGACAGCGGGUUCUGAAGGCCUGUGAUGAAUGUCAUCGCAAAAAGGUGAAAUGUGACGGUCAAAGGCCAUGUUCACACUGCGUAGCUUACAAUUACGAAUGUACAUUUGGUCAACCGUUCAAACGGCUGCGAAACAUGCCUGAAAAGUAUGUUCAGUUUCUUGAGUUGCGGUUAAAGUUUCUUAGUCAAUUGGCACAAGCGAAGCUUCCAAACUUUAAGCCAGGUGUUCCCGGUUCCGCGUCUUCAGCGCAGGGGAAUGCUCGCAGUGCAAACGCACAAAAGAAGGUUAAUGUUCGUGAACUCGAGACCCUGUUUGAUCGUUACGGUCAGCUUAGUCUUCAAGACGAUGGAUCAGCAGACUUUCGAGGCAAUUCAUCGGGUUUUGUCUUUAUGAAAAACAUCCGUGACAACAUCCAUCGAUUUCCAACACCUAAGGACGGCUCGAACGAGCAUUUACCUUUUACAACUCCAAAGGUUACAGAUGAGAAACCCUAUCGUUAUUUGCCCCCCAUGCCAAGUGAAGACCUGUCUUCCGAAAAGACAAUGCCUCAUAUACAAUUGCCGUCGUACGAAGAGGCUAGAAACAUGGUGAAUUUGCUUUUCUUGAAUGAUCAUUUUCUCGUACACUUUCACCAUAUACCAAGUUUCUUCUCACAGCUGAAAAAGUUCUAUCAAACAGGAUGCAAAGGUGGCAGUUUCCACAGUUUGUUGGUCUCAACUUUGUGCGUUGCUUACAUGUAUGUAUCUUCAAGUGAAGACAGUUCAUGUUUUCAUCGUGCCUACGAAUAUUAUGUUUACCUUCGGUGUACUUUUCAAUGGGGUGAUUGCUAUUCAAUUGAAGCUGUUCAAACGUUGUUGUCCAUUUCAUUGUUUGCAUUGUUUAGUUCUCGUUUGUCUCAGGCGUACACUAUAAUUGACGAUGCUCUGUUGUGCUGUCACGAACUAGGUCUACAUCGUGAACUUCCCUCAGUUCCUCCUCAAGAAGCGCGUUUGUGUAAACGCAUUUUCUGGUCAGUAUAUGUGAUGGCUUCAUACGUCAGUACGAUUCUUGGAUUGCCUUUCGGUAUAGAAGAUGAAGAUAUUGAUCAAGGUUUGCCUACAGUGUUCGAAACAAAUGUUUCGCUGGGCAACACACCACCGGUUCUAAUCGCAUCUGAAGCCAUGAACCUCGAUGUGUUUGUUCAGCAUGUUUCACUUGCACGCAUUCUCAGCCAUUUUGUCCGCAAAGUGUAUCCCAUCGACAUGGGUUCUGUACCGCGGGAAAUGAUUUUCUAUCGACCGUUUUUGCACUAUAUUGAGUCCGCAAACGAACAAUCAACUGAAGAAGCAGAUGAAUCGCAUAUGUUUGCACUUAGCUGUGCUAAGUCUGCUGAGCGUGUUGUUGUUUUACUAAAUGCGCUACUUGAAUUAACACCCCCAUCGAGGGUGUAUAGCAAUCUGUACGCUGGUUACUACAGUGUCAUGACUCUUACAUUAUGUGCAACUUUCACUAAAACGAACGAAGUACUACAUCACAGUUUUAUUCAAAAUGCAAAAACCGGAUAUGCUGCAUUGAACACCAUUUACCGAAAUAUUCCAUAUGGUUCAACAAUUCUUGACGCGCUUAAUGAAAUGCUACAGGAAUAUGAUUUCACAGCUCAAAGUCAGAGGAGUAUUCGCGCCGACAAUUUUGGGCACUCCAAUGUGCACACACCUAUCAUGCCGGUCUCUGGAAACCAAAAGAUGAAUACGCAUGUACAAAAUUCUAGCUCACAAGCUCACGAAUAUCCUACUCCCAUGCAACCAUCUUACCCAGUUGAGUAUGCUCCUAUGGCAACACAGCUGACUAACUCUGUUCUUUCUCAACCACUUGUAAAGGCUUUUGAUCCACUACCGCCUGGUAAUUUACAACAGCUUCCAGGCUUCCAACCAACUUUUGGUUAUGGGCCAAGAGUGCCCAUGGCAAAUGAAACGACCAAUGCAGGUAUACACGGGAUAAUACAGCCACCCACAAAGCCGUCCUCCAAUGCAUCUGGUUCCGUGCCAAUUCCUCCUGCAUCAACUUUGUUAGGUGCACAGCCAAUGAUGCCACCAUAUGGCAAUAAUAUGUGGGAAAUGGGUUACGCUGCUGAUUAUCCUCCUGCGUUUUCUGGUCGGCCACUUCAGGAUGGACGAUUACCCCCUUCAAUUUCAGCAAAUCCAGCAUUUCCACUUUCCUCUAUUCAACCAUUUCCUCCGAUGUUUGCUUUGCCUCAGAAUAUGCGCCAAUAUAUGCAUUAUGGUUCUGAAGUGUACGCAUCCCCAAUGAUGCCAUAUUCGAUACAAACGUCAUCUUCUGCGGCAACGACACAGAAUGCUCCUCCAUCUUCCAUUUUAGCAAGUCCCACUUCUGCUAAUGUUCAAACCAAUAACAGCAUCGGUUCAAGUAGCAACGGCAACAGCAGUGGACCUUUAAGCAUCGAUGCCACACAUAUGUUUCGCCGGUCGUAA